AAACAAAAAAAGUGUAUGAAUCGAUUUCAGAAUUAAUUGUUCAGAGUUAAUGUAGUUAUUGUAUUCUCUUUACUACUAAGUAAAAGGAUUGGUUUAUAACUCGUAAGGUUAAAUACCUAAUAUCAAGACUGAUAAUGAGUAAAAGGAGCGCAAGUAUGUUAGGAGACGCGUGUAAAAAAACUACCAAACAACCAAGACACUGGUCGCUAGGACUAUUAGGAUCCAUGAAAGACCCAGAGUUAAUCGUGAAACAGUCUGACCGAGUUGUAAUUAUUCGAGAUAAAUAUCCAAAGGCCAAAGUUCAUUACCUUAUACUGCCGCAGGAGGACAUAAAUAGUAUUUACAAUCUCAAUAAGAGUCACAUUAGUCUCUUAGAAGAAUUCGGUGAUUUCUAUGAAGAGUUAAAAGAAGACCAUCAAGGAACCACCCUCAGGGCUGGUUUUCAUGCUGUGCCAAGCAUGCAGCGGCUUCACAUGCAUGUUAUAAGCACUGACAUGAUUUCACCAUGCCUGAAAACAAAAGUACAUUGGAACAGUUUUGUUACAAAAAACUUUAUUCCUUACAAAGAUGCACUAAGUGAGCUGAAAGAGAAUGGAAGUAUUCAGAAAAUAUCUAAUGAGGCUCACAAGACUCUAAUGGCUACGGAUUUACAGUGCAACCAAUGUAAUUUUAAGCCUAAAAAUAUGCCACAACUUAAAGAACAUUUGUUCUCUCAUGCUAAAUAAACAUAAUAUCUUAAAUUGAA